CAACGUCCACUUACUCAAAUAUUCUCCGUCUGUCUUUCUUUGCAUAUACAGUUGGCCUUGGUGAAGUCGCAUUCUACAGUUCGCAGGCCGUCGGCUAUUGAAAGUUGCCGUCAUGGCGGACGCUCUAUGUGGCCCAUCAAAUGCGCUGCAGAACUUUCAAAAACAUACUGCUGUUGAUCGGACUCUACAACAGGAUCGUAUAGUGAAUCGUCAUCCAUCUGCUCAGGGUUUCCGAUCACAACAUCACAAUGCCGCCGUCCUUGAUCCCGAGUUUGAAGCUUUUGAGAAUAAUCUUGCUGGAAAUGCGGUCCCUCAAUUAAGACCUGGCGGCCCUGCUUUUGGCGCUCCAAUCCACUCACAACCGGUACCUGCAUUCGCUGCGACUGAUGGCGGCCACUGGGCGUCCGAUUUCCAAAAGCUGCAAGUUUCUGGCCCCUCUACAAACAUCCAACAAGGUCAUAUUAUGUCAAACCAGGCAUUCCGUCCAGCUACUAUCAAUGGCUGGCAAAAUGAAUUCAUGCAACAUCAGCAACAUCAACCACAGCAGAACAGUCAGCCCCAAUUUCGACAGGGUCCAAUGACGAGUUUUCAACCUUCUUUCAUGCCGAAUUACCAAGGCAUGAAUGGUAUGGUAGCACCUGCACCGCCAGACCAAGGAUCAUUACAAACGACAUCCACUGUCCCAGCGGUUUUUGACGAAUCCGCCUUUGAGGCUGCUUUCAACCAAGCCCAAGCCGACAUGCAUGAGCAUGAGAUGGCAGUUUCUGAGCAACAUCAAGUAUUAGGAGAAGAUAUACAGUCAAAAGAAGUUGAGCUUACGGUAGAAGCCGAAUCCACCGAGCAAAUACGAAUAGGCUCUGAUUUGAUUGGAGUUACGGAUGAAACGCCUGCUCAGGGCCGUAAAGAAGACCCUGAUGAACUGGCGAAAACUGCGGGUCAUCUUCUCGACAGUGUGAGCCAUGAUACGAGUCAAAAAUUCAAGGAAAGCAGCUUUCUCGCCCUAAUGCGUCGCAUCCGAGAUCGCGAAGUACAAAUCGAGGGCGACGAGUUUCGCGAAGUCAGUUCCCUUCCGUAAAUUUUCGUAUAAUAAUGAAAAAUUUCAUUUUCUCGGAAGGGUGGCAUUGCCGCCGGUAUUUCUCAUAUAUCUGUGUCAUCCACGGCCGUGCUGAUAAUUCUCAUAGAUACAGCAGCCCUUACACCCAGGUGGAAAGGAUUAUCCUGGAAAACGCAAGGCUGGAGGCUCGGCCCCCAAUCAGCUGCGCCCAGAAUAGCAUCAGGAUCACGACACAGAACGUUUUGGCGGGUUUGCCGCUGAGAUGACAGCAUCGGAUGGAGAUAUACCCAACACAGUCGGUUUGCGCACUUUUAGCGAUUCGAUACCCCAGAUUGCUUCGUCAUCUAGCCCAACGAAUGCAGAUGGACUUAGCACUAUGCGUUCUGCCAGUCAUUCAGAACACAGAGCGCUCUCUUCGGUGAACUGCAUUUUUAUACCAUAUGAUGGUCUUUUCUGAAGUUUCAUGUAUGUAAUAUUCAUGGCACUGCGUCCAUUUUGCAAGCGAUCGAAAAUAGUAAGCGAAGGAUGGACUCAUUGCCUACAUACGCAUGAAUACAUUGGUUUGUGAC